AAAGCUCAAAUUUAUUUGAGAAGAAGAAAUCGGAGGUAAUGUUGGACUGAGCGAGAAUUACCUGUAUUGCGACUUCUCUUUCACUUUCACUCAAAUUCAUUUUGUCCUUUUCCUUUCCAUCCAAAAAUAUCUAUAUAUACCCAUAUUCCAAACCCUUGUUUCUCUACACCGCUUAAUCCUCAAGCUUCGUUCGCUUAAUUUUCAAUUUCGGUUUUCAAAGCAACACCAAUGGCUACUCAAUCAAACCAACCUCAGUCCAUCCAUGAUUUCACUGUUAAGGAUGCUAAGGGUGAUGAUAUCAAUCUGAGUGCAUACAAGGGCAAAGUGCUGCUGAUUGUCAAUGUUGCAUCACAAUGUGGUCUUACCAAUUCCAAUUACACUGAGCUGACACAGUUGUAUCAGAAAUACAAGGAUCAAGGAUUGGAGAUACUAGCAUUUCCAUGCAACCAGUUUGGUUCACAAGAGCCUGGUACUAAUGAAGAAAUUCAGGAAUUCGUCUGCACUCGUUUCAAGGCCGAGUAUCCUGUAUUUGACAAGGUUGACGUGAACGGUUCCAAUGCUGCCCCGAUAUACAAGUUCUUGAAGUCAGCCAAAGGCAGCAUGUUUGGGGACGGUAUCAAGUGGAAUUUCGCCAAGUUCCUUGUUGACAAAGAUGGUCAGGUUGUUGAUCGCUAUGCUCCCACCACAAGUCCUCUAAGCAUAGAGAAGGAUAUCAAGAAGCUCCUGGAGAAAGCAUAGUGUUGCAGCGCAUGUGUUUUUCGACGAGCUAGUAAUAAAUGAUGUGACUGACUAAGAAUACCUCUACCCUUUGAAUUUUCGUCUGUGAUGUUCUGUCUGUAAGCUUUCCAAAUUUUAUGUAUGUAUCUCGUUCUAUAUGAAUAAGCUCAAGGUACUUUGACUUGCUCUA